UUUUUUUUUCCAACCCCCCAUUCCUUUUUCUCUUCAACUACACCUAACACAAUUUUCAUGGCAAGACUUUUGAUUCUCUUCACUUUUCUGAUCGCCGUCGCUUCUUCGGCGGCGGCGGCGGAGGAGGAUAUGUCGAUCAUAACCUACGAUCAGCAGCAUCCGGUGAAGGGCAUUGCCCGGAGCGAGGACGAGGUGAGGGAGAUGUUCGAGUCGUGGCUGGUGAAACACGGCAAGUCGUACAACGCCGUCGACGAGAAGGAUAAGAGGUUUAAGAUCUUUAAGGACAACCUUAAGUACAUCGACGAGAAGAACAGCCUCGAAAACCGGUCGUACAAGCUCGGCUUGAACCGAUUCGCUGAUAUCACCAACGAGGAGUACCGCACUGGUUUCCUCGGCGCCAAGCGGGACGCUGGCCGAAGUAGGCCGAAGAGGGAGAGCGACCGGUAUGCUCCGGUGGCCGGCGACAGCUUGCCGGAUUCCAUUGACUGGAGAGAGAAAGGCGCUGUUACUGAAGUCAAAGAUCAAGGCAGCUGUGGGAGUUGCUGGGCAUUCUCAGCAAUCGCAGGCGUGGAAGGAGCAAACCAGAUCGCGACGGGGAAUCUGGUCUCAUUAUCGGAGCAGGAACUGGUUGACUGUGACACGAAGAUUAAUCAGGGCUGCAAUGGUGGUUUAAUGGACUAUGCAUUCGACUUCAUCAUCAAGAACGGAGGUAUUGACUCUGAGGAGGACUACCCUUACACUGGCAAGGAUGGCAAAUGCAACUCCUACCUGAAAAACAAUGCCAAGGUUGCUUCAAUUGAUGGGUACGAGGAUGUUCCGGUAAAUAAUGAGAAGGCGUUACAGAAGGCAUUAGCAAACCAGCCCGUCAGUGUUGCCAUUGAAGCUGGUGGCAAUGACUUCCAGCUCUAUGAAUCGGGUAUAUUCACUGGAUCAUGUGGAACUGAUUUGGACCACGGUGUGGCUGCUGUUGGAUAUGGUAGUGAGAAUGGCGUGGAUUAUUGGAUUGUAAAGAACUCGUGGGGUAACUACUGGGGAGAGAAGGGGUAUGUGAGGAUGCAGCGUAAUGUGAAAGAUAAAAGCGGGUUAUGUGGUAUAGCUAUGGAGGCUUCUUACCCGACCAAGACAGGAGGGGAUAAUCCUCCUCCAAGCCCUCCAAGCCCCACUCCAGCUCCUCCAUCUCCAUCUGCUCCGAGUGCUUGUGACCAGUUCAAUGCAUGCCCUGCAAGCACCACCUGCUGCUGUGUGUUCCCGUUUGGAAACUACUGCUUUGCGUGGGGAUGCUGCCCUCUGGAUAGCGCUGUGUGCUGCGAGGAUCACUACAGUUGUUGCCCUCAUGACUACCCGGUUUGCCAUGUUAGAUCAGGCACCUGCACAAAGAGCAAGAACAACCCGCUUGGAGUGAAGGCUAUGACUCGCAUUCCUGCUCAACCAAUGUGGGCUUUCAGAAACUCGGGAAAGAAGAGCAUGGGUUCUUAAUGUUCUCUCGAGUUGAGAGAGAUGUGGGAUGAUGAGGAGAUGGGGAGGAAAGUGUGAAAGCCAAAGAUGAUCUCUCCCAAUUCUAUCAUGAACAGAUCAUUCAUGGAUUGUUGUAUUAAGACCCUGAUUUGUGUAUUCUUGCUGUCACUGAAUUGGCCCAAAUGCAACUUUUAUGCAUCUACUUUGCUAUUCCAUGUGUUGGUUGUACUUUGUUGUUCACUAAUAAUAGCAAGACUAUUCCCAUUA